CCUAAAAUGCGUUAUAUCAUAAUAAACUUGGCAACGGCGUAAAACACAGAUCUAACUUCAAAUGAUUACUGACUUCAAAAGAAUUCUCGAAAAAAAUAUCUAAUUUUACGAAAAACGUGUUGAUUUAUAUUUUUGAUGGGCUUAAAAUAUUUUAAUACUUGUUAAAAUUGCUACAAAUUACCGAGAAAACCCUGACGAUCCUAAAUAUUAUACUUGUAAACCAUUGUUUGUUUUGAAGGUCAUUUGACAAGAACAAGAGAAAGUAUUUAACAUUAGAGAUGGGAAUAAAUUAUUGAUGUAACAGUUAUAGCAAAAAGUAACAAAUAAAAAGUAAAAAUAUGUAAUAUUUUUUUGAAAAUUGGAAAUAUUUUACAAGUGAUUAUUCAAAUAUAAAAAUUCACAGAGCGAUUCUUCGUAAAUGGAUAUAGAAUAAGUAGCUUUAUGUCAAAAUCUGUCGAAAGUUAUGAAUUGUUACUGUAAUAAUAAAAUAAACUGGAUGUAUAGAGAAAUUUGGAAAAUUUCCGGUAUUUAUAUCAAAAAAUGGUAUAAAAAACAGUUUUCAUAAAUUCUAAUUUUCAUAUUAUUUUUUCUUUGUCUCUAUUCUAUACUUUUGUCUAUGUGUGAGAAAUCAUAAACUCACAUUUAAACAAACCUCUAUUCUUUAAUUUUUAUCUAUGUUGAAGAUGCAAAUUACGAUCUAUGCAAAUUAAAUCGUGGAAUUCAAAAUUCACAUUUUUGGUCAAACUCUCUUUAUUUAUGUUAUACUUAAUAUGAAUUUGCAUUCUCAUAUUAUUUUUUUUCAACUAUUGUUCUCCUACUUUUUCAAUUUGCUCUUCGUCUAAUAUCGAAAUAACUGUUCUUAAUGUUUUCAACUCCCAUCUCUACACGCCCCUCCUGCACAUAUAAGUCUCUGACUUCUUUUACCGUGGCAGUGUAGCGUGUCGUGUUAAACAGUUAUGUCAAUGAAUUCUUAUAUUUGGACUUUCGUUUUUGUGGUAACGUUAGCGUUGGGGGUGAGUAGUGCGAAAAAUCGAAACAGAAAACCCCAAAGUGAUCCAAUAGAAGACGUUUCCGAAAUAUCUGAUCAAUGUCCCGAACCUGAUGGUUAUUUCGCGGACGCGGAACAGUGCGAUAAAUAUUACCAUUGCAAUAACGGUAAAAUAACUGAAAAAUUAUGUCCAGAUGGACAAGUUUUUAAUGACUAUAGUUCUGAGUAUGAAAAAUGUGAUUUGCCUUUUAAUAUUGAUUGUUCGUCGAGGCCUAAAUUGCAAGAACCCCAACCCAGCGAACAUUGUCCCAGAAAACACGGAUACUUCGCUCACGAGUCCCGAAACAUUUGUGAUAAAUUUUACUUUUGCGUAGACGGUAAAUUCAACCCGAUCCAAUGCCCCAACGGUCUCGUAUACAACGAAAAAUCCGGCAUCUGUUCAUGGCCGGACGAAGCUAAACGAUCCGGUUGUACGUCCGAAGAAGUUUUCGAAUUUCAAUGUCCGAAAGUAACCGAAGAGGUAGCCAUCACUCAUCCGAGAUACGCCGAUCCGGACGAUUGUCAAUAUUUCUUCGUUUGCAUCAACGGCAACGCCCCGAGAAGAAACGGUUGCAAACUCGGACAAGUCUUCGACGACGUAGGCAAAAGAUGCACGUGGGCGAGGAACGUACCCGAAUGCGCCGAUUGGUACAAAGGCCGAUUGACAGAUGAACAGCUGAUGGAGCUGGAAAACCCUCCGACGCCGAGACCGAAGGCUACUAAAGUCAGCAAGAGGAAGCAAAGACCACACCCACAACAAAAUGGAGAAUAAUUUUAUUGCCAUGUUGUCAAAUGUACAUAAGUUUUUAUUUUCGUAAUUUUUGGAUCUUUUUUAACAAGAAAUUAUAUUUUUUUACCAUGAAUUUUUUUAAAUAAAUAUAGUUCAUUAAAA